AUGUCGAAUAGGUGUGGAAAGAAGGUGGAUUUUAAUGUUGCCGAUUCCGGAUCAGUAAGCACCAAUAGUAGGAGUGUCGUUCGAUGCAAGCACAACGUCCCAUGUGUUCUUAAAACUUCGGGUACUUCUACGAACCCAGGGCGGCAAUUCUACGGUUGUCCUUAUUGGAAGGAUAGGGAAAAAAAUUGUCGUUUUUUCCGGUGGGUGGAAUCAAACGAUGAUGAAACUGGCUCAUGGACUAAUGAAAUGGGUUCUAUUCAGAAUCUGGAAGAGAGUCUGAUGCUAGCAGAAAGGAAGGUAGAGAAGAUGAAGAAGGAAAAAUAA